GUUAUAUUCCCAUCCAGCCCGCCUCCCUCGAGUCCCGUCGCUUUCAACAUCCCCCUUCGGAGAUCACCGCAGCCGCCUCCCAUCCCCCAACUGUCGCCAAAGGUCUCACGACAGCGCCGACCACCGCACACCCUCCUACGCUUCGCUCCGCAACUCAGCACCACCAUGGCGCGGUGGGAACUGCUCGCCCUCUGGGCAGCUCUCGUUGCCCUGAUAUCAACAACCCCAUCGGCUCUCGCUAAACCCGCUUUUGGAUCACGCACUCUUGUCGUGCUUGAGGAUGUGGCCAAGAAGGAUACGUAUGGGAAAUUCUUGAAGGGGUUGGAAGAACGCGGACACAAUCUCGUGUACAAGUCGGCUUCGGAAUCGCAGUUUAACCUUGUGGCGUUUGACGAGCUGGCGUAUGACCAUUUCCUGGUCCUCGCGCCACAAGUUAAAUCAUUAGGGGGCGAGCUCUCUAUCUCGCACGUAAUUGACUUUGUCAACAAAGGUGGCAACGUACUUCUCGCGACAUCCUCCUCUAUCACCGAAGCCGUGCGCGAUGUGGCGUACGAGUUCUCGGCGGACUUCGAUGACUCCGGGACGGCCGUGAUCGACCACUUCAACGCUGUGGACGAAGAUCCUACCCUCAUCGCCGCUUCCUCCUUCCCCGACAAAAACAUCAAAGCCGUCUCAGCGGCAGUGAGGAACGGUGGACCUGUACUAUUCCGGGGUGUUGGGCACAGACUAACGGGCAAGAAUCCGUUGAUGCAACCGAUCUUGAUCGGCGCACCUACCACGUACUCGUAUUUGAAAGACGACGACGAGCCGUUGGAGGGAGGACCACUGGUCGGGAAUGGCCUUGUCCUUGUAUCUGGGUUGCAAGCGCGCAACAAUGCGAGGGUGGUGUUUGCGGGCAGCGUGGAUAUGUUUUCUGAUGAGUUCAUCGACAAGAAGGUUGGAGACAGGCAGAGCGGCAAUGCGGACUUUGUGACGGAGCUUGGAAAGUGGGCUUUCCAGGAAAAGGGAGUCCUGAAAGUGGGUGGGACUUUCCACCACCGUUUGAAUGAAACUGCGCAACACGGCAUCUACCGCAUCAAGGAUGACAUGGUUUACGAAAUCAAAGUAGCAGAAUGGACCGGCGAGAACUGGUCUCCAUUCACACCCUCCGACAUGCAAUUCGAAGCCGUGAUGCUUGACCCGUACAUCCGCACCCACCUUCGCUCCAUCCCCUCCGCCCCGGGCAUCCCGCACCCCUACGCCACCCUUGCCACGCAAUUCCGUUUACCCGAUCACUACGGCGUCUUCACGUUCAAGGUGGAUUACAAGCGCCACGGGUACUCGUGGCUAGAGGCCGCUGAAACGGUACAGGUGCGGCCGUAUAGGCAUGACCAGUACCCGAGGUUCUUGACGCCCGCAUACCCAUAUUACGUGAAUGUGUUCAGCAUGAUGGUUGGGUUUGUGCUGUUCUCCGCCGUGUUCUUGUGGAAUAGGGAACCGGGGACGGCGGCUGGGAAGGGGGCAGCUGGCGCUUCCGCUAAAAGCAAGUAGUAGUGCUCUCGUAGGGUGGGCGAUAGUUUGAUCUGAUGAUGCAUAUAGUCUUUGUAAAUGCGCGAAAAUGUACAUACACUAGCGUCGAAGGAAGGCGAAUAGGGACCGGUGCAGGCG